AUGGCCUCUGCUUGUGCUUCUUCAGCGAUUGCAGCUGUUUCUCUCUCUUCCCCAAGCACCCAGAAAAACGGAUCAAUUGUGGGAGCAACAAAGGCUUCUUUUCUUGGUGGGAGAAAACUUAGAGUGAGCAAGUAUACUGCACCGGCUAGCUCAAGAUCGGUCACUGUUUCCGUUGCAGCUGACCCUGAUAGGCCCAUCUGGUUCCCUGGCAGUGUUCCUCCUCCAUGGCUUGAUGGCAGUCUUCCUGGAGACUUCGGUUUUGAUCCUCUUGGUCUAGGAUCUGAUCCGGAGACCUUGAGAUGGAACGUGCAAUCAGAGAUUGUGCACUGCAGAUGGGCAAUGUUAGGCGCUGCGGGUAUUUUCAUCCCUGAAUUCCUAACAAAGUUAGGCAUUCUAAACACCCCAUCCUGGUACACUGCUGGAGAGCUGGAGUACUUUACGGAUACAACCACACUCUUCAUUGUCGAACUGAUUUUCAUCGGUUGGGCCGAGGGCAGACGGUGGGCAGACAUCAUCAAGCCAGGGUGCGUCAACACUGACCCCAUCUUCCCCAAUUACAAGCUUACAGGGACGGAUGUUGGGUACCCUGGUGGCUUAUGGUUCGAUCCACUUGGCUGGGGCAGUGGUUCUCCUGAAAAAGUCAAGGAGUUGAGAACAAAGGAGAUAAAAAAUGGGAGGUUAGCCAUGUUGGCUGUGAUGGGUGCAUGGUUCCAACACAUCUACACUGGAACAGGACCAAUUGACAACCUCUUUGCUCACCUUGCUGAUCCUGGUCAUGCCACUGUUUUCGCUGCUUUCAGCCCCAAGUGA